AUGAGUAGAAAAGAAAUCAGGUUAGAGUUUUUGCGUAGAGAUUUACAAAAAAAAGAAGCAGAAAGAGCCAAAUUAGACAAAGAAUGUGGAAAAAUAAGAGACGAAGUUAGAGAAUUACAAAAUGAACUGUUGGAAGAAAAAAUAAUCGGUUCGAUCCCGACCGGAUCCACCAGUUUAGAAGAAAAAAUAAUGACCGGGCAUAUUUCUACAACAAAAAUAUACUAUGUUGAUACUUACGCAAAUAAGUUUGAAGCAAAAAUAUUAGAAAUGGGUCAAGACGAAAAUGGCAGUUAUGUGAUUUUUGAUAAAACUAUUUUUCACCCGCAGGGCGGCGGACAACCGGCCGACCAAGGCUAUUUGGAAGUAAAUGGCAAGCAAUAUAAUAUUAACAAAUUAGCAGCACCCCGUAAUCCUCAUGAGGAGUCAGAUAUUAUUAAGCACUAUUACCAAGGAGAAGCAAAUUUUUUAAAAGAACAGAAAGUUAUUCAAGUUAUUGAUAUGGAAAAACGCCUUCUCUAUUCUCGUUUACAUUCUGCCGGUCAUUUGCUAGAAGACGCUAUUAGGCAAAUUUUUCCUUCUUUAAAAGGUAUCAGAGGCAACCACUUCCCAAAUGGUCAAGCGUUUGUUGUUUUCACAGGCGAAAUCCCGACUAAUAUCCAAGAAAGCAAAGAAAAAAUUAGCAAUUUGGUUAAUGAACUAGUAAAAAAAAAUAUUGCUAUAAAAAUUGAAAACAAUAGCCAAAUUAGAGCAGUAAAAAUUGGUGAUUUUUACCCGCAUUCUUGCGGAGGAACCCACGUUAAAAAUACUUCCGAGAUUGGCGAAAUUUCAUGGUUAAUUCUAGAUAAACUAUGA